CGAGACGACAACUAAUUCUUUCACCUGCUCUUGUAUUUUUGUCUCGUGCCCAGGCCAAGACGGUACUGAUAUUUCUCAAUCCAUUUGGGCCAAUUCUACUCUCAGCCGAUCAGGAUCACCUGUGAUUUUAUCACCGAAACCAUUCUGCUUCAAAAUCUCUUCAGAAUACAGGACGUAUUUUCUUUCUAUCAAUCACGAUGCCAACUGCGGUCCUAGAGGCUUGUUCUGCCUGUGCGAUGGACCUAAAUCUCGGUCACUAUUAUCGCGUCGUAUCUGCCAUGGACUUUUCCAUCCCCGUGAAUAUCGUACCCUUCAUCGCCGGCAACUUGCUUCCCUCCCCAUCCGACCGAAUUGAAAUCGAUCAAUCCCUCGAAAGGCUAGAAAUGAAUGCCAGGUGUUUCGAGGAGAUUUUGGCGCAUCAGCAGAACGCUAUAUCUCAUAUUACACUCAUUCUGAAACAGUACGAAGCAGUAUAUGCGAAAACACUCUCUGAGCACCUUCGUGUCCAGGAAAUCAUGGAUCAACAUAAAUAUGCCUUUUCUUCACCCAUUCGUUCCUUGCCGGAUGAUCUCCUGGCAGUCAUUUUCGAGCUCGCUGGUCCAAACGCGGCGUCCACAGACCAAUUCCCUUGGGUCGCAACCAGGGUGUGCAACCAGUGGAGGGCUGUCGCACGAUCCCAUCCCAUUCUCUGGGCUACAUUCCGCCUAUCCACGGACGAUCAUCGCUUCUCUGUCUUUGAUACAAAUCGGAGACAUGCUGAUGAGUUUCCGUUGGACAGUCUUGACCGCAGACAGAUAAUCGAGAAGAAAAAGUUUCAUUUACUAUCGAUUACAAAAAACAUAAUCAACAAGGCCCUUGACUUCUCCAAGAAUGUUCCCCUUACACUCUCCUUCACCGCGCGUUCCUCACAAUACAAAUCAGAUUGUGGGUUAGAGUAGUUGGACACAUUUAUUGACCACGCUCCACGAUGGAAGAAUGUCGAGCUAUCUCUUGGAUAUCCUUUCUGCGAGAGGCUCCCUCUUGUACAAGGUCGCUAAUCUAUCCUUGAUAAUCUGAAUCUC